AGGGGUGCUAUAAAGGCUGCUUCCCCGUAGUUCGCUUCCAUUCCUUCUGUUUUUUGAGUGGGUUUUAUCUGCAGGGGAUAUUCCAAAAUGAUACUCCUGUUUAUGGCCACCUUUACCCUCCUGGCACUGACCUCCCUGGAUCAGGUGGAUUCAUCAGCAUAUGACAAGAUAGUCUCCCACAGUCGUAUCAGGGCAAAGAAUGAAGGGCCCAAUGUGUGCGCUUUACAACAGGUCAUGGGGACCAAGAAAAAGUACUUCAGCACAUGCAGGAACUGGUACAAGAAAUCCAUCUGCGGCAAGAAGGCGGUGGUUUUAUAUGAGUGCUGCCCAGGUUAUAUGAAGCUAGAGGGGAAGCAAGGAUGUCCUGCAGUGGCCCCUAUUGACACUAUUUAUGGCACUCUUGGUCUUGUGAAAGCCAAGAUCACCCAAGAGUAUUCCGAGAAGUCCAAACUAAAGGAAGAAAUCGAGGGAGCUGGCUCUUACACAAUGUUUGCACCAAGUGAUGAUGCCUGGGAACAAGAUCCAACAUUGAAAGAUUCCCUGGUCAGCAGUGGUAACAUAGAGCUCUACAAUACACUCCACAGUCACAUGGUCAACAAACGUCUUCUCACCAAAGACCUGAAGAAUGAUAUGACUGUUCAGUCUAUGGAUGACAAGCAUGGCCUCUAUAUCAAUCACUACUCAAAUGGAGUUGUUACUGUGAAUUGUGCCAGGAUCAUUCACGGCAACCAGGUGGCCACUAAUGGAGUCGUUCAUGUCAUUGAUCGGGUCAUCAACGUUGUAGGCCAAACGAUUAAAGAUGUGAUUGAAACCAACAAUGAGCUCACUUCAUUGAGCGCAUCUGCCGUAGCAUCUGGUCUCUUGGACCAACUGGGCAAGCCUGGACACUACACACUCUUUGCUCCAACCAAUGAGGCCUUUGAGAAACUAGACAUAGCUGUCUUGGAGAGAAUUAGGAGUGACAAAACCAUUGUUCAAGCACUUUUGAAGUACCACCUCCUGAACUCAGUCCAAUGCUCUGAGGCCAUUGUAGCAGGGUCCAUGCAUGAGACUCUUGAAGGCAGUAACAUUGAGAUUGGAUGUGAUGGUGAGAGUCUUACAGUUAAUGGGAUCAAGAUGGUGUUGAAGAAGGACAUUGCCACCAGCAAUGGCGUCAUUCAUUUGAUUGAACAGGUGCUCAUGCCUGACUCGGCCAAGCAGGUAAUGGAGCUUUUGGACAAUUCUCAGAGUGUCUUCCGUGACAUGGUGUCUGAGCUCGGCCUCUCUGCUGCUUUGAAGCCUGAAACUGAGUACACUGUUCUUGCUCCCUUGAAUGGAGCCUUCUCUGAUGAUGUCAUGUCUAUCGACCAGCGUCUCAUGAAGACUGUUCUGGAAAACCACAUCUUGAAACUCAAAGUUUCUCUGAGUGAACUCUACAAUGGCCAACUGCUUGAAACCCUGGGAGGAAAAUUGCUCAGAGUCUUCAUUUAUCGCACAGCUGUGUGUAUUGAGAACGCAUGUAUGGUGAGAGGCAGCAGAGAGGGCAGUAAUGGAGUCCUUCAUCUCAUGAGGUCACUGAUCCAACCAGCCCAAACAACCAUCUAUGAACAGCUCUUUAAUGAUGGACGCUUCAAAAUCUUCCUGUCUCUGAUGCAGAGUGCUGGGUUGACAGAUCUGCUGAAACAGGAUGGAUCAUACACACUAUUUGCUCCUCUCGAUAACGCCUUUGAAAGCCUGACAGAGCAAGACAUCGCUCUUUUAAAAAGUGAUAUCAACACUCUGAGGACAAUCCUACUGUACCAUUUUAGCAAUGGUGUCUUUAUAAAUGGAGGGCUGGAGGGUGGAGUGACUAACCUUCUCAAGACCAUCCAGGGUAACAACCUCCAAGUGCUCUCUGUGAACAACUCCAUCCAUGUGAACUCUGUGGAUGUUCCAGAUUUCGAUCUUAUGGCAUCCAAUGGAGUGAUCCAUGUAGUUAAGACCAUAUUAUAUCCUGCAGAUCUACCAGUUGGCCGUGAAGACAUAUUGUUUCUGCUGAAGAGACUCAUUAAACACAUGCAGUUGAAGUUUAAAUCCGGAUUCACAUACCGUGAGAUUCCACUUACAUUCAUCCGGAGGACAAAAACUAUACAAGUUACUGAGAAAGGUCCCGAGAUCAAGGUGAUAGAGAAAGAUCCGCCCAUUACCAAGUUGACCAGGGUUAUUGAAAAAAAGCGUAGUGGCGCUCAAGUGCUCAAAGAGGGGAAGAUCCGAAAGGUCACCAGAGUCAUUGAACGUGAGCCAUCCCCCAAAGUAACUAGAGUCAUCGAGGGCCAGCUGCCAGUUACUACAGUCACCAGAGUGAUUGAAUCUGAGCCUGAAGCUGAAAAGAUUGUGAUUGAAGGAGAACCAAGUAUCACCAAAGUUGCAAGACUGGUUGAAGAACCGAGUAAGACAAGAGUGGAUCAAGGGAAGCCAUCUAAUCGAAAAGUCACAAGUGUCAUUGAAACCUACAGUGCUUCAUCUGAUGGUGAACUUAACUCUGAUGGAGAAAUCAGGACAAUCAUGGAUGAAGACGUAACCAAGGUGAAGACGUUUUCGGACAGUGAGGUCCACUUCCUCCAGGAAGAAGAUAUCAAACACAUCACUGAUGCAAUCACUCAGGGAGGUGGACCAGGGCUCACCACUAUUACUGGAGUAAUCAAACCCAUACCUCGGAUUACUGAAGGUGAACCAGGGAUCACCACUGCUACCAGAGUAAUCAAGCCAGACUAUCAGAUGCUUGAAGGUGGAGCAGGGGUCUCCACUAUUACCAGAGUCAUCAAACCAGAACCUCAGAUCAUUGAAGGUGAACCAGGGAUCACCACUGUUACCAGAGUCAUCAAACCAGAACCUCAGAUCAUUGAAGGACCAGAUUUCUCAAAGAUAGUAUCUGUCAAAAACAAUCAAGACCUCUUUGAUGCAGAGACAGAAAGAAUCACCAAAAUCAUUAAGAUGGGACGUUCUCAAAAACGAGCUGCCAUCAGGCAAUCGCCAGGAACAAGGAGAAGAGUGAGACUGGUUAGGCGUCACAACAAACCUAGACAGUGAGUCUGUUUUAACCCACAAAAGGCCUUUAAAAAAGACUGAAAGAUUAAUCAAAUGGAUGCUUACUUGUACCUGGAGCUACAGCUUAAGGGAAAAACAGUGUUGUUGAACAGUGCAUUGGUCCUGACAAAUACAUCUUUUAUUACAAACCACAUAGAAUGUUUACAAAUUUCAAACCAAUGCAGUAAUAUCUUGGAUCUGUGUGGGAUACACCCCUGAGGGUAUUUGAAAUGGUGGUGGUUAAGAAGAGAGACAUUUGUAGUGUUUUAAGCUGUUUAUAUUUUGUCUUUAAAUAUAUACUGUAUGGGUCAUAAAAGUGCGUAAAGAGCCUUGCCAUUGAGCUUAUUGUGCACAUGAUAUUUUAUGGUGCUUGAAUUCAGAGACAUGAAUGCAUUUUUAUGUGUAAGGAUCUGCAAAGCUUUGGCUGUUUUAUACAGAAUUAUGCAACUUGUAGCUAUCUAGCUUUUUUUUUUUACUCAUUUUCAACUGAAAUUCACUUUUUUUUUUAUUGACUGAGCUGUGUGUGUGUGUGUGUGUGUGUGUGUGUGUGUGUGUGUGUGUGUGUGUGUGUGUGUGUGUGUGU